AUGCGCUUCCUCGUACCGCUCAUUGCCUUCGUAGUGGCGGGAUGUUGCCAAUCGUUUGAUCCAUUAGCCUUUGUUGACCCUUUAAUCGGUUCCCAACGCGGCGGGAACGUAUUUGCCGGUGCGACACUACCAUACGGCCUCGCCAAGGCCGUAGCCGAUGUCGACGGGGAAAAGACUGGAGGUUACUCGACCGACGGGAGCAACAUCACCGGCUUCAGUAUCGUCCACGACAGCGGCACCGGCGGAAACCCCAGCCUGGGCAACUUCCCGCUCUUCCCUCAGCUCUGCCCCGGCGACGAGCUUAACAACUGUAGAUUUCGUAUCGGGGACCGGGCGACGCAGCAUGACGUGAACAAGACCGUCGCCGAGCCGGGCUACUUCUCCGUCGAGCUGUCGUCUGGCGUGAAGGCGGACAUGACGGUAUCUGAGCACGCGGCGCUCAUGCGGUUCAAGUUCCCGAGCGGCGGAAGCGAGCAUCCGCUCGUGCUGUUGGACUUGACAGAUCUUUGGGCGAGCAGGCAAAACGCGUCGAUCAAGGUCGACACGCCCACAGGGCGAAUGUUUGGGAACGGGACAUUCCUGCCUAGCUUCGGUGCUGGGUCGUACGUGCUUCACUACUGCGUCGACUUCUUUGGCGCCCAGGUCUUUGAUACUGGGGUAUGGGUCAAUAACAGAGCCGGUAACGAGCCCAAGGAGCUGUUCAUCACGAGAGGCUUCAACCUGUUUUACCUCGAGGGCGGCGGCUUCGUGCGCUUCAAAGAGCUGACCAACGACACUGUCACUGCCAGAGUGGGAGUCUCGUUCAAGAGCAGUGAUCAGGCAUGUCGCAACGCAGAGAAGGAGAUACCGGAUCCGCUGAACAACUUUGAUUCGCUGGUGAAGACAGCAAAGGACGCUUGGAGAGAGAAACUGAGCCCCGUUUCAGUCAAGGCAGCUGGCGCAACGGAAGACUUGCAAAAGAGUUUCUGGAGCGGCUUAUACCGUAACAUGAUUUCUCCUCAGAAUUACACUGGUGAGAAUCCGCAUUGGGAUAGUCGGAUCCCUUACUUUGAUUCCAUGUGGGACAGCUUUCGUGCCCAACACCCCCUGCUUACCGUUAUCGAUUCAGCAGCUCAAGCGCAAAUGAUAAACUCCAUGCUCGACAUCUACAAGCACGAAGGCUGGCUGCCAGACUGUCGCAUGUCUCUCUGCAAAGGCUGGACUCAAGGAGGCUCCAACGCCGAUGUCGUAAUCGUUGACUCCUACGUCAAAAACCUAACCUCGAUAGACUGGAAGGUGGCUCUCGCGGCCAUAACGAAAGAUGCCGAGGACGAACCCCUGGAGUGGUCUUAUGAGGGACGCGGCGGCCUCACAAGCUGGAAGACCCUCAACUACAUCCCGUAUCUAGACUUUGACCCAGUUGGAUUUGGUACAAACUCAAGAAGCAUCACGAGGACUUUGGAAUACUCUUACAACGACUACUGCCUUGCAACCCUAGCUCAGGGGCUAGGGGAGGGUCAGUCACACGACAAAUACAUUGCAAGAAGUAUGAACUGGCAGAAUCUGUGGAAAGAGGACCAAAGGUCUUUGAUCAAUGGCACCGACACUGGAUUCUCUGGCUUCUUCCAGCCCAAGUACAUGAAUGGAACAUGGGGCUUCCAAGAUCCCAUAGCUUGCUCGAAUCUCGCCGGGUUCUGCUCCCUGACGACAAAUCCGAGCGAAACGUUCGAGGCGAGCAUCUGGCAGUAUCAAUUCAUCGUUCCCCACUCCACAUCAACCCUCAUCGAUCUCAUGGGCGGCGAUGACGCCUUCGUGUCCCGCCUCAAUUACUUCCAUGCGUCGCCACUAGCCGACAUCUCCAAUGAGCCCGUGUUUUUGACCGUCUAUCUCUACCACUACGCCGGUCGGCCAGGCCUCUCAGCGGAACGCAUCCACAAAUACAUCCCCUCGGCCUUCAACUCUUCGCGUGGCGGGUUGCCGGGUAAUGACGACUCGGGCGCCAUGGGGGCUUUUCUUGCCUUCUCCGUCAUGGGCCUAUUCCCAGUCGCGGGGCAAAAUGUGUAUCUCAUCACGCCGCCGUUCUUUGAGGAAGUUAGUGUCAAAAAUCCGGUGACGGGAGGGAAUGCCACUAUCAAAUGUGUCGGGUUUGACGCUGCGUACAAGAACAUCUACGUGCAGAGUGCCAAGCUGGACGGGGAGGCGUAUACCAAGAGUUGGAUCGGACAUGAAUUCUUCAGUCAGGGCAAGACGUUAGAGUUGACGCUGGGAGACAAGGAGUCCGACUGGGGGAAGAGUAAAGAGGCAAGGCCGCCGAGUUAUGUGGCUGUAUCGAAGACGUGA